AUUAUAACCAUUCAAUAAAAUGUGUUUAGUUUUAUUGGCUCCCCCAUCAUGAUUGAUAAUCUGUGACAACUCAAAAGCGCAGUCCACACCCCCACUUCACAAUUCUUCUUUUCGGUCUCUGCAAAUUCUCUUUCUCCCUCAAUCGAGUGACAAAAGGAUCCAAAGAGCUUUGCGAUUGUGUGUGUGGUGUGUGAAUUGUGUUAUUUGUUCAGGUAAUAAAAUGGCAUGGGAACCUGUACUCUGGAUAGUUUUUGCAAUGAUGAACCUUGCUUUGUUGGGAUUAAAUUUUUACCAGUUUCUAGGUUUUUCGGACUUGGAGGCUGAUUAUUUGAACCCGUACGAAUUAUCAUCUCGUGUCAACUAUGUGAUUGUUCUCGAGUAUUUAUUGCAAGGGGCGUUCUCCAUUCUGUUUCUUGUGACAGGGCAUUGGAUAAUGUUCCUUCUCUCACUGCCUCCUGCUUAUUAUAAUCUGAAGAAGUACUUAGCACGACAGCAUCUUAUUGAUGUGACUGAAGUUUUUAGAGUACUCAAUGACGAGAAGAAAGUUCGAAUUGUCAAGUUGGUUUUUUACAUUAUCUUCUUUGUCCUAACUAUUACCAGAGCUAUUGCUGCCGGCUCAAUUAAAGCUUUGGUUUUGGUCCUCGACUCCAGUAAUGAAGAGUUCGAUUUUCGUUCCUCACUACAUGACCUCGCGCUAGCUGUUAUUCAAGUUGUGUUCGGUGAUGAUGAUGACGAUCCUGAGGGCUGGUUUGGCUUCCAUUGAGUUAGAAAAUAAGUCCUUUUGGUCGAAUGAUUAUUGCACAUUUACAGCUCAAUCGGCAAAUCUGAUUCUUGGAUGAAUGCUCGCUCGACCAGCCAAAUACGACUCAAGCAUCAAACUCUAUUAACAACAUUAUUGUUCGACUUCAACUUUCGACUUUUGACCUUUUACAGGAAACUUGAAUAGAUUUGCAAGGGAAAAUUUUAAAUUCCCACUUUUUCAGGAAACCUAAAAUCUCCUGCCGCAGUCUCGCCUUUCUGUCACGCUUUAGGUCUUGUUCGUGGGUUUGUUGUGCGUGGAUUCUAGCUUAAUGCUCAUCUGGGUUCCGCUGUGGGUUGCUUGUGUUGGGGAGAUAGUAGUUUAUAGAUAGUUUAGGUGUGUGUUACUUUUAUUUUUUAGUCCGCGCUUCUCCACUUGAGUAUUUACUAUUUAGUUUGUUGUUUUGUUUGGAUUUGGCUCCAGCAUGCUGGUCACAGUCGUUGCUUGCCACUGCUGAUUGUCUGAACCCAAUUCCAGUUGUUUUUGUUUGUCUAGGGUGCUUCGAUUAGCAUUUCUCUUGAUUCCACCUCAUUGGUUCUUUUAUAAGUGCUA